CAUCCGUGGAAUUUGUGGAUUAUGUCUCCUUCUAUUUGCAAUAGGUUAUCAGUACGCAUGCGCUAAACUCAUAGCAUAUCUCUCUUCCGGUGUGUUAAUUUCAUUUGGAUUGAAUUUUGCGUAAAAUGCGGCUGCUUCUUGCUAUAGCUGCGCUUGUUUCGAGCAGCCUAGCUGCUCAAACAACUACAACAACAGUUUCAAGCGCUACUGACAGUGGUCUUCACAUUCCCGGUCUGCCGAGCGGUGGGGACCUGAACAGGAUUGUCCGCGAGAGUUUCAAGAACGUCGACAGCGAUCAUGACGGCUUCAUCGAGCGCUACGAGUUCGAUACCCUAGUCAUAGUGGCCGAUACCGAUAACGACGGCUGCAUGUCACUUGAAGAGUAUAAGGGCUUUUCCGCCGGCACACCGGAAAUAGCGACCCGGAUAUACCAUCAUUUUGACCCCACCAACACCGAUUGCAUAACCGUAGACAAGGUCGCCGGGCAGUUCGACUUGAUGGACACCGACACUGAUCGCAAAGUGAGUCCGAGGGAGUUUGAAGCAUACUACCUUAACCUCCUACAAGAACUGUUCGCGAUCGAUGUUACCUUAAAUCCCGCAGUCGUUAACCCCGUGGGCUGAUAUGGGGACCCCCGGGAUAGGAACAUGGAGGGGACAUGGUAAAGGCGGAAAACUCGCUCUUCCAAAAAUAUAUGCCGACUGUCCUUUUACUUUAUUGAAUUGUUAAUGUGCCGAUUUUUUAAGGAAAAUAAAUAGUUUUUGCAAUA